AAGGCAUCAAUUUAGCUCAACCUCCAAACAACAACCACAAAGUAGCCCUCCCUCCACAAUGCUUAUUUAAGCACACAAACAACCCCCCAUUCUCCAACACACUUAUAUAUCUUUAUAAUACACCAAGAAUCCAACCCUAGCUACUACAAAAUGGCCACCAAGAAACUAGAAGAGGAGCAACGUGCAGGAGCGGAGAUCAUCGAGGGCGCAGAGGAGUGCUACAACCACUCCCUGACGCUCCUGCACGAGCUCGGGUUCCCCCGGGGCGUGCUGCCCCUCAAGGACCUCGAGGAGUGUGGCCUAGUCCGUGACACGGGGUUCGUGUGGAUGAAGCAGAAGGCGCCCUACGAGCAUUUCUUCGUGGGGUCCAACACCCUCGUGAGGUACGACCGGGAGGUGACCGCGUACAUAGAGAAGGGGAAGAUGAAGAAGAUGAGUGGAGUGAAGAGCAAGCAGUUUCUCCUUUGGGUGCCCAUUGUUGAGAUGAGCAUUGAGGAGGCUGCAGCCGAUAAGAUUUAUUUCAAGACUCCAAUGGGGAUUGGGAGAUCUUUUCCUAUCACAGCCUUCAUGGAUGAAGACGAGAAGAGCAAGCAUUUGGAGCAACUCAAGGCGUAGAAACACAAUUUUCAUGACCCUUAAUUAGAUCAUCAUCAUAUAGUGUGUGAUCAACUAUUUUAUUUUCUUUUUUUGCCUUAUUAAUGAGCAAGUUGGCAAAAUUUUAUGGCAUUUGUAUUGGACUUAAUUAUAUGACUUAUUUAUUUCGAUA